AUGGUUCACGUAUCGCCUUUUUUCCCUCCCCGUCGAGUUAAGAGAAAAUUACCAGGCUCCGACGAUGAGGACGAUGCACUAAACGUCGCGCCACCGAAGCAUCUCCACGCUUCUAUUACCUGGGACGUACGGGCUCAGGAUAUGGCCCAUCACCUGUUCUGCACUAAGUUCGUCACUAUCAUGGACACGGCCAUCGAGUCCCAAAAGUGGAACGUGAAGAUUCAGAAGAAAUGCAUGGAUUUAAUGGGCGGGCUUAAUGGAAUCUAUGGCCUCUAUCAAACGGGCACUCCUCACCACGAGCUGGCAAAGAUGUUUCCCCACGACCCCUGCUUCAUAAGAAUCAUGAUGCUCAAAGUCUUAUUCCCACCCGAAAGGAUCAAGCGGUGCCAAUUUCUGAAAAGAGUCGUCCCGCCAGAGUAUCCAGGAUGGGAUUAUACCAAGGACCUCUACCCACCAUCACAAUAUCCCACAAGUCAGUCCGCAGAAAAGGAGCUCGAAGCCAUUAAAGAGAGCAUCCAAGGCGUGGACAAGUUGAUCGACGAAAUCAUGGAGGCGGUCAAGGUUGUAAAGCAUAAACUAGAAAAUGUUACUGCAACAGGAGGUGUCGCCUCGAAAGCAACGAAGACCAGGAAAAUGGAUCAACCAACCGCUGGGAGAGGUCGGGUUUAA